CUGCAAUGAACCAUCGCGUUGCUGUUCUUGCAGACUGUGGUACUUGCCGGAAAGACAAAGAAGAUGUUUUAGCUGUUCAACAAACGUUGAACAAUGGACACCAUCACGUGUGACCUGCGUCGAGACCUACUGAGUGAGCUAGAGUGCCCGGUCUGUACGGAAUACAUGCUGCCACCUAUCUUGUUCUGCGUUAACGGACAUAACAUCUGUCCCAAUUGCAAGCCGAAGCUGAAGCAAUGUCCUACAUGUAGACAGCCGUUUGUGAACAUACGGAAUGUAGCUUUGGAGAAAAUGGCCCGACAAAUCGAGUAUCCCUGCUCCUACUGGAGGUACGGAUGCAGAAAGAAGGUCAAUUUAGACAUCAAGAAUAAGCAUGAAAGAGUCUGCCCUUACAACCAAUACAGCUGUCCUUUAACUAAGGUACCAGCAGUUAAAUGUUCUUGGAGAGGAAGACUGGCCGACCUGAAGAAGCACAUCACAACUGUACACUCGGAAUGGUCACACGAAUACAAGGGAAGCUUUAUCACUGGUCUGGUAGACAUUAUGCCUUCUCGAAGAUACUGUUAUAUCAUAUUUGCUUAUGAUGAAAUAUUUUACAGGUACUUUUCAGUAAAAAAUGGUAAUUUCUGGGGAGUCUUACAAUAUAUAGGUCCAAAGGAAAAUGCAGCUAAAUUUCGGUACAAAGUAACUUUCGAUAACAAUAAUGACGCAGGAAGCAUAACGAUAUGUCAAGUGACUCGAAGCUUUGAAGAAAGUAUGGACGAUAUAAGGGACACUGGUAAAUGCAUUAAGCUGCAUUAUGACGUGGUAAAGAAUUUUGUGAACUCGAAGAAUAACCUCAAGUUCCAGAUGGAAAUAUUCAGGAAUGACGAUAAGGUGUAAGGAGUUGUGUAUUCUGUGCCUCAAGUGAGUUGUGCCAUUAAAAAGACUAUGUAAAAAUAUAUUUAUUGCAGAAAAUCAUUCGCUUACUGCGUCAUUGUCAGAACUGCUGACGCAACAAAUGUACUCAGAGCACAAUAUUUGCCUCCAAAAUUUCAAUUCCUGAACCCUACAUUUUUAAACCAGCAGUUGCAAAGCUGGUGGAGAAGUGAAGUAAGAACUUUCGACAUAAAAUUUCAUCAGAACAGUCAAACAGUUCUGUAGGUAUGAGAUAACACAGCAUAGGAAUCCAUUUUGUUUAAUUAUUUCAAGAAGAGAAUGGAUUACGGAAAUGCUGUUAUUCUGUUUUCUGAUAUGUAAUAAAAU